GGAGAUGCUCUGACAAGACGUGGGACUUUGUGAAUCAAAGUAUUUUUUUUUUGGUCUUCCUUUAAGAGAAAUUCGCAUAUCACAGGCAUGGAUCAGAAGGCAGUGUGCGCUGGAUGCCACCGGCCGAUCAGAGACAGGUUUCUCCUGAGGGUCAGUGAUGGCCUCUGGCAUGAGGAGUGCGUGCGGUGCGCGGCGUGCGGGGAGCCGCUCAGGAAUUCCUGCUUUCUGCGGGACCGCAAACUUUUCUGCAGACGGGACUACACUCAUCUGUUUGCAGUGCAUUGUGGGGGCUGUGCAGAGGCCAUCUCCCCUGCAGAGCUUGUGAUGCGAGCCGGAGCCGCUGCUUUCCACCUGCGCUGCUUCACCUGCAAAGUUUGUUCCUGCCGCCUGCAGACUGGAGACCGCUGUGUCCUCAGGGAGGGACAGCUUCUGUGUGCCAGAGAGGACUACCAUCAGUAUCUGGCGAGUCCAGCAUCUUCAGAUACCGCAGGUAAAAGUGACGAUGAAGAAGAGGAGGAAUUGGGACGGAAUACACAGAGGCGAGGCGGUGCAGAUAAUCCAGAAACCAAACGUCCCAAAAGACCUCGCACUAUUCUGACCACCCAACAAAGACGCACCUUCAAGGCUUCCUUUGAGGUCUCAUCAAAACCUUGCCGAAAGGUAAGGGAGACCUUGGCAGCAGAAACUGGCCUAAGUGUCCGGGUUGUGCAGGUCUGGUUCCAGAACCAGAGAGCUAAAAUGAAGAAAUUGGCCAGAAGACAACAGCAGCAGGAGCAGCAACACACCCAGGAGCAGUGCGAACUCUCAACAGUGCCCUCAUGUGGCAGUUUAGGUUCAGAAACAAAGUGCAUGGGGCCAUCUUUUGCCCAUGUUCAGCAGCAGCAGCAGAUGGGGCUCACCACUCUGGAGCAGCAGGACUGGGACACGGACCCCUUCAGACAGGGCCUGACUCCACCCCAGAUGCCAGGGGAUCACAUGCACCCUUAUGGUUUUCAAGACUUGUAUGGGGAAAUAGACAGGGAGUCUCUGUGCCAUGUUGCUGACAAUGACUGCCUCUCUCUGGCUGGAUCGUCCCCACUCACUCCCAUUGACUGCCUCUAUUCCAUGCAGGACUCAUACUUCACCUCCUGAGGGUGGAGUUCAGGCUCAGGGAGAAGCUGCAAUCCACUCUGGAAACACACUUUUAUCUCCCCAGGCUAGUUAGGUCAACAAAUGUAAAAUUUCAGAAGUGGACAUGGAUACACUGCGAUGCCAUGUAAUUUAACAUAUUCAAUUCUUGGUAAACAUUGUCACGUCGCUUCAUUUAAUACUUUCCAUUUCCCAUUUGCAGCACAAUGUCUAGAAAGUGUAUAAACCCUCCAAGCAUGGUGCUGUUCCCCUCACUUUUCAUGGUUAGACAGAAACCCCUU